GGUACAAUCUCGCAGUGGGGCGAAGUCUCCAAGACGAAGAAGACCGCUCGCACCAAGGCCAAGGACGCAUCCUCCGCGCCCGCCGUCGCGGACUCGUCAGCCGCCGCUCGAACUGCCCGUGGAGGCCGCAGCGCUGCCGACGGAACUCGUGGUCGCGGCAGGGCCACGGAGAGAGGAGGCCGUGGCGGACGUGCUAGGGCAGCCCAUCCCACCAACGGAUCCCGAACCAAGGAGAACCAGCAGCUGUCUGUGCCUACCGAAGAAUCCCCCGCCUACAAAGACGACAAGGCCAACGGCGCCGAGGAGAGGCCCGUACUCGCCGAGAAGCCCGUCGUUGCCGAAUCCCUCAACAAGCCCGCCGCUCCUCAGGUCAAGACCUGGGCCAGCAUGCUCCGACAGUCCACAGCUCCCAAGGUUGUGCCCGCCCUCCCCAAGGAAGCUCCUGCUCCCAAGCCCGCCGAAUUCGUCGAACCCGAACCCGUCCCUGAAACCGCCGCUCCUGUUGAACCUGAGCCUGCCCAACCCGAACCCGAGGCCGAAGCAGAGUCCACCCCCGUUGCUGAUCAGGCCACUCCUGUCGCUGCCCCCGCCGUCACCGAACCACCUGCCGAGAUCAAGCCCUCCCAAGCCGAGCUCACCGAAUCCAACCUGGAGCAGGUUGUUGACGUCUCUGCGCCCCCGCCGACCGACACCGCUGCGAGCACAGCUGCUGGCUCUUGGGACCCUCGACAGAGCCCUCCCAGCACCAAUGCCACUCCUCUCUCCGCCGCCCAGCAGCAGCAGCAAGCUCAGAGGUCCGCCACUAGCGGCUAUGCUGCUACCGCUCUGAAGGCUACCACUGAGAGAGCUGCACCUCGCACUCCGAGCUUCCAGCGACGAGUCCUCGACCAGGAAGAGGCCGUGCGCAUGCCCGGUAACCGGGAGGUGGAUCGCGCUGCUGUGCAGUUCGGCGCCUUCAACCUCGCUGACGACGAAGAUAUUGAUGGCGAGCGCGAGGAGCCAGAGACCCGAGCUCAGCCUCCUGCCGACUCUCCUGUUGCCGUUCCCCGAACCUCUCUUCCUCCGGCUACCCAGCCUGUUGCUAUGCCGGAGACCUUUGCUCCUAAACCUACGACUAACCCUCCUCCUGGAAUGACACCUACUGGU